CAUCGCUUUAGUACUUCGAGCGCGCUAGCGGAGCGGUGCUGUUCCUAUAGUAUUGCAUCGCACUGAGAGGGCCCAGACCAACCGACUGAGCGGCCAUGCGGACGGCUAUCGCGGCAAAACUGUGUCUGGGGCUCCUGCUCCUGGCACUCCUCUUACCCGCGCAGAUAUGUUCUCAAAAUGUAACCACUGCACCAAGUGUAAACCACACUUCAGUGAGCACUACCAUUAUGACAGUAACUAAACAGUCAACCAACAAGACCACGACUACUAAAGGAAGUGGAAAUUCCCUGCAGUCAACUGCCAGCCUCUUCAUCCUCUCACUCUCCCUUCUUCAUCUCUACUGUUAAGAGACUCAGUCAAGCCAACAGCAAUGCUUCCCUAAUCCAUCUUCCUGAACCAUCUGAGAUGGUUUCAUCUACUAGUCAGUGUGGCACAGAAGGAAAUAAAAUCAACAGGCAAUGUCUUGACCCCACUCACUCUAAUUCUACACAUUUAAAUUUAUUGACACAUCGGUUCCAGAGAAAGUCCCAGGCUGAUUUCCCACAUGUUGAAUAAUUUGAGAAGAAUCUGUAUGAUUUCAUGGGACUGAAUGAUAUUGGACUUUUUAGUUCAGUAUUUAAAUCAGUUGGAACUUCCAAGAUCAAGACUGAAGAGCGAUGAUAUCCACUUAAUUCAAGAUUUAAAAUUCACUAAAUAUGAACAACCAGAACUCUACUUUGGGAAUAAAAGGGUAGAGUUUUGUCUUGAUUCAUAAAAGGGAAAAGGGUGUGGAAAAGAGACUUGGUUUUCACUUUGGUUCAUUAGCCAUAAAAUGAUUAGAUGGUAUAGACAAGCUUCCAUGUUUCUAUUUAUAUGGAUGGUGGAAGAAGCAUCAUCAAGUUUUGGUAGUAAAUCCUCCACGUGUUCAGCAGUACUAAUUUAACGCCUAUAUACUCUAGAUAAGUUUAAAAAUAUUAAGGUAUCACUAUUCUCAUAAGAGCUAAAUUAUUUACUCUGGGGCUUUGGAUUUGACAUAGCAUUUAAAUUGCUAUAUCACAAAUGACAUGUGCCAGAGCAAUGAUGGAUUGGAAACUUCCCACAAAGAAAAUGUAACGAGUAAAAUUUGCUUUCGUAAUAUUCGGUAGAAAGCUAGACAUUCCCAUUACUUCCUCAUCUAACAAAAUGUUAGAUUUCAUUAGCUACCUUGCUUUCCUUAAUUCCAAAGACUUUUGAAGUACACGACCUCUUGAAUAACUUUCAAAUACUGUUUUAUUUCUGCACAUGUCAAAUAGCUAACAGUUUUGAAGAUGAUCCUUUGCGAAGGUUGAUUAUUGCAAAAUCUCAAAGUUAAGAGGCAAACGUGUAAAAGCCAAACAACAAUUGAAAACUGAGUAUUUGGAAUGCAAGGACUGGGAGCUUAAGUGCAUCAUUAUAAUUUCACAAGGUCUUUUAUACUAUUUCUGUAAAUACUUUUUUUAAAAACAAAUCUUUGUGAAUCAGAGUAGCUUACAACUGAGACUUGUCAUUCGAUAUUUUUAGAUAUAGAACCUGGUAUUAAGGCUAAAGCGGGCCGCAUUCAGGAAAGCAAAUAUUUCUGCUGCAAUGUUGAGAUCUUCUAAAGAAAUACUUUUUUUUUUGGGGGGUUCACAUGGUCACACACUGUUGCUUAGAUUUGAGAUAUCCAAUAUGACUGUAGUAUCCUAACUUCAUCAAAAAGCAAGGAAAGUUUGCUGUCUUUAGUAGCCAACCCAGAAACCUCCUAAAGCAAGAAGUGUCACAAGCUACCGUGUGUGUGAAUGAACACUCCUUUAUUCUCUAUUUUGUAUGCUGUACUAUGUUUGGGGUUCUUGUAUAUUGUGUUUGUGUCCUCAUGCUUUGAUUCAUAGUAACUACUCUCAUGUUAUGGAAUUGAUUUGCGUUGAACACAAACUGUAAAUAAAAAGAAAUAAACCCGACAGAAGGGUAGUGUAUUUCA